ACGGGUCAUUUUCUGAACAAUUGUCUUUAUCGUUUGUUUUAAAGUUUUAUUAUUUAAGUCCCUUUAGUGAACAAACAUUAGUAAAACGGACGGAAUGGACGACGAUUUACCUACCGACUUCCAGGUCAUCGUCGUUGGAACUGGUAUGGUGGAGUCAAUUGUAGCAGCAGCCUGCAGCAGAAUAGGGAAGAAUGUGCUUCACCUAGACUCUAGCGACCACUAUGGUGGGCUCUGGGCAUCUUACAAUUUCGAUGGGCUGCAGAAAUUCAUCAAAGAAGUCAAUGCUGAUCCUAAGCGUCAGCAACAGGUCUACAAUGUGUCUGAAAACUGGUAUAUUGAAAAGGAUGCACCACAAGAAGAAGAAAAGAAAGAGGAAGGGGAAGCAUCAAAAGAGCCAGCCAAGAAAGUUUGGAGCCAAGCGAGCUUUGCGGCCGAGUACAGGAAGUUCAACAUUGACAUGACUCCCAAGCUGCUGUUCUCGCGCGGGCCGCUGGUGGAGCUGCUCAUCUCGUCCAACAUCGCGCGCUACGCGGAGUUCCGCUGCGUGACGCGCGUUCUCACGUGGCUGGACGGCAAGCUGGCGCCCGUGCCGUGCUCACGCGCCGACGUGUUCGCCACCGAGGCCGUCGGGAUCGUCGAGAAGCGGCAGCUCAUGAAGAUGCUUACCUCAAUCGUCGGGUAUAAUGAGGAGGAGAUGAACAACGAGUUUAAAGACUGGAACGACAAGACGUUCAAGGAGUAUCUGACCCACAAGGGUCUGACGCCGUCUCUGAUCCACUACGUGUUGUUCGCGAUCGCGGGCGGCGACAACAACAUGCCGUGCCUCGAGGGCGUGCGCGAGUGCAAGAAGUUCCUGAUGAGCCUGGGCCGUUACGGGAACACGCCCUUCCUCUGGCCCAUGUACGGCAGCGGCGAACUGCCUCAGUGCUUCUGCAGAUUGUGCGCGGUAUUCGGCGGCGUGUAUUGCCUGAAUCGGCCCAUUGACAAGGUGGAGUCGAAGACGGUAGACGAAGGCAAGACGCAAGUCACCAUCGCCAGCAAGUCCAAGACGCUGAACUGCGACCACCUCGUCAUCGGCAUUAACGACUGCCCUAAGGAACUUCUCUCCGACGAACCGGGAGAACGCUGCGACAUCUCCAAGGGCGUGUUCAUCACGAACGCGUCCAUGCUGGCGAGCGAGAAGGAGCCGCUGACGCUGCUGCGCUUCCCGCCGCUCGACGGCUCGCAGCACGCCGUCACCGUGCUCGAGGUGGGGCCCGCCACCGGCUCCUGCCCCAAGGGACUGUUCGUGGUAUACUUCAUCACGAACAAGGUGAAGGACGCGGAGAGCGACCUCAUGCCGUACGCCGAAAAGAUCUUCCACAUGGGCCCCGGCGAGUCCUCCGACGACAGACCUAAGUGCCUGUGGUCGCUGCUGUGCAACGUGGCGGACACUAGCGCGGGCGCGGCGAGCGGCGCGGCCGGCGUGCACGUGUGCGCCGGGCCCGACGCCGGCCUCGACUUCGAUCGCGCCGUGCACCAGGCGGAGCAGAUCUUCAAGCAGAUAUGCCCGGGCGCGGAGUUCCUGCCGCGCGCGCCCGACCCGGAGGAGAUCGUGUUCGAGGACGGCGCCGCGCCCGGGCCCGAGUUCGAGCGCGGCGGGGAGGACGACAAGCAGUAGCCGCGCCCGCCGGGGCAGAGGCCGAGGCAGAGGCCGAGGCAGAGGCAGAGGCCGAGGCAGAGGCAGAGGCCGAGGCCGAGGCGGCGGCUCGCUUCCGGUUGUGCCGUUAUCGACGACGUUCUCCGUUUUGUUAUCAAGAAGUUCUCGCUCGAGAAUCCCCCGUUGUUCUCAUAAAUAUUUCUCAUAGUAAACUGAGAACGUUCUCGAGAACGGCCCGACUAAUCCCGCUGGCGUGUUUGUGUCGCCCGCAUGUGGCGGUCCGUGAGAUUUGCAAAUUAGUAAUUACCUUCGGAUUAUUCAGUACCCGAUCUCACAUGUGUUCGUGUUAGACAGAAUCUCGAUUUGAAGAAUGUUAGAUCGCUUAGGAUUUUUAAGUCGUAGAAAACUUGUGGAUUCUUUUAAACAAAAGAUAAAACAAACCUCAGAUCUUCUAUAGGUACAUAAACCUUUAUAAAAAAUAAAAUAAUUUUGACAAGUUUUCUACGUAAUGCUAAUUCUACGCCGUCACAUAAAAGAUACUGGAGAAAUGGGACAUUAUUCUUAACCAAUUCUAAGGAUCAUUCUAAACCGAAGGACUGUCCGACAUCUCAUAGAUUGUAUAGCACUAAAAGCACUGGCAGAUUGUAUGGCUUGAAAGCGCAUUAAACUGGUUACACAGUGGAAAUUGCAGAGGUAAAUUUCUCAAUGUUGGAAACUUUUCCGAUGGUACAUUAGUAGUUACAGUUCCAACAUUCUCAACUUUGUCAAACUUAAAUUCAUACAAACUUAUUGUAGGUAUAUUACCAGUAGCCCAAUUUUAAUUUUGACGUACGAUUAUUACUUGGUGGGACGUGGGACUAAUAAAUGUUAGUUUCCUUAAUUAUGAAAACAAAUGAUCUCUAUUACUAAUUCUUAUAGUUCAUUUGACCAGUGGCUUUUUGACUUUAUUGUUAAACAAAAAAAAAUGAGGCUAAACCAUGUGCUCCGAAAAAGGGUAGGUAUUCGAAACAGCUUAUUCUUUUAUCUUACAAGUUAUUAAGUAGGUAUUGUAUUACAAUUUUUAAGUUUUUUUCUCGGAGGGCAUGCCUAAUAUUUAUAUCAAUUGGCUGUUUUAUUAUUAUUAUAAGUAAAAAGUUAAUUUUAUACGAACUUGACUUUAGGAAUUACGCCUCGACUAACAGCUCUCACAAGGCAGACAGGUAUUGGUUGUAUUCUAAGAAAUAUUUAUAUCAAGAGUGAAUUGUUAAACGACAUAAACACAACAGCGGGCGCGCAGUACGUUUGAGCGUAACCCAGUUCGGUUCCAAUUCUGGUAUUUUUAAUACAUUGAUACGCUCAAGGGUGCUGACCACGAGUAUAAUUAAGGUAUAAAUAAUCUCGGUAAGAUUUUUAAGGCUUUCAAUGCUUUUCUUGAUGCAUUCCGACUGGUGCGUUAGGUGGCCGGCGGCGCGCUACGCAAGCUUAGCUAAGCAACAUUUGAGCAACAUUGGGUUGAACAACAUUUUAAGACAAAAUAAUAGCUUGAAUUAGGUACUUAUUUCGACAAUGACUUAUAUACAAAGCACUUGCUUUGUUUUUGUCAACAUUUUCACAUAAAUUCGUGUAGCAUUGCAUCUCUUUCUUCAGUACUUAUAGAAAGACAAAAAAGAUGCAGUCGUAUUCGGCACCACGAAUAUUUUGCAAAAUAGUGGGUUGCGCGCCGCGUUGAGACUUGAUAGAAUUAUUGUAGACUGAUUUAAGUACCAAGUUUACUGCGACAAAAAAAAGAGAUACAAUUUGGUUGCGACGGCUAGGCAUCCGCCUAUAUCGUCUAUAGGUUAUCGGCUUUUUAUCGCAUUUAUGAAAAUGUUAACUCCCAAUUGAGUCAAUCAAACGCGGAUUCGCGAGUUGCAAUGCCAAGGAGAGGAUUGUCAGUGUGAUGUACCUACGCCCGAGGGACUCCACGAGUCCACGACUCGCUGUCUCUUGAGCGGUAGGUUUGGCGGAGGCUUUAAUUUAUGUUUACGGGUGACUGGUAAAUGAAACAGUAUUUAAAGUGGCGACGCAGGGUGAAGCGGGAAAUUGGCUAGGUUAUCUUGAUUCGAAAUAGCAAGAUGAACAUGUAGCAACUAUAAAAGUAUUUAUACCUAAUGUUGAAUCGCAGUCGCAACAUGAACUUCAGUAUAGUCAGCAUCAGAUGUUGCUAAACGGGCGAGAUACUCAAAAUUACCUGAGCUUAACUUUAUUGUUUAGUGUGUGCAGAAAAUCUUGACUGUCUCGCCCGCUAUCGAUAGCGGCUUUGAUGCUGACUGUACGCUAACGAAAUAAUGAAAUACAAUUUUUAGAUAUUAUUUUUAAGCGUUAUUUAUUCUAAAUACUGCAAAAGUGUUUAUUUAUAGUUUAGUCUUAUCAAUAUUGAUAGCACCUACCAUCGACAACAUAGUUUUGAGUCAGUGUUGGCCGAAACGUUAAUGCAAUUAACCAUUAACCAGUACAAUUUGUACUGGUUAAUUGCAAUUAACGUUCGGCCAACACUGUUUUGACCAUUCGUACACUUCUGCGUGUCAUACAUUUUUACUUCGUAUUUAUGUUCGGUAUCAAACUGAAUUUUUAGAUUAUUAAAUUUAAAUUGAUAUCAGAAUUGAAAGUUUAAGGAAGUGUAAUGGGUAGGUACUGUUGUGAGGUUAAACCGUGCAAUUAUCGUAGUUAUUAGGACUAGGCAGUUUUGAAAUGUUAACAGUUAACAUUUUGAACGCACCAGUCUUAAGAAUAGAUCACUACUGAUUAUUUUAAAUAAAAAGCACGUUUAAUCGAUAUUUAUUGUCUAACGAGCAUAACCAUAUGCCUUCGCUGCUUGUGCAUUUAUAAUUCAAAUAAAUUGUGAUUCAUAGUA